AAGGUGUCUAAUGAUAGUGCAAUGGAGGUGAUCAAUUUCAUGUGUUUGGAGAGAGUGUAUUGGAUUGUUUGCGACCAUGGAAUACUCCAGAAGGCGACCAUUUGCGGCUAUUGUGUCUGCAAUCCUUCUCCUACGUUUGAGGCGUAGGAGAGAGAGCAGGCGACGCUUCUGGGUCCAUCCUGUCAUUGCCAACCGACAGGAAAGGGGACAGUUCUGGGCACUGUACGAGACCCUCCGGGCCCAUGAAGACAAAUUUUGGGCAUACACGCGGAUGUCCAUCACCAGCUUUGAUGAGCUCCUGGGGUUGUUGGGCACCCAUUUACAACGUCAGGACACAUUCAUGCGGGACAGUAUUCCACCAGCGGAAAGACUGAUCAUAACUUUGCGCUAUUUAGCUACAGGCCAAUCGUUGACCAGUCUGCACUACGCCUUCCAGAUCGGGAAAUCCACAGCCAGUGUGAUUGUGAGGGAAACCUGCAGCACCAUUUGGCAGGUCCUUCAUGCUGUUGUGAUGGGCCAACCAAACAAGGAGGAGUGGAUGAAAAUAGCGGAUACUUUUCAAAAUACCUGCAAUUUCCCGAACUGUGUCGGAGCAAUUGAUGGAAAACACAUCCGUCAAAAAGGGGCUUCCACGGCCAUCUUGCUUGAAGUCAUCACACACAGCACGAGAUUUAGCACUGGAGUUUCAAGCAAUCAAGAUGGCCGCAGCAGCCUUUUCGAUCUCAAAUGGAUAAGACAUGGAAGUCGUUGGGCUAAUGAAAACUACUUCCAGAACACGUGGCAUUCAUGCUCUGUCUUUGAUUUUUACUACCACUGUAUUGCAACGGAGCAGAGGCAGCACAAAGGACUUGGGCGGUGGGGAGCAGGUCCUCUGCCCAUCAGCUUACUUAUCUUAGCUGGAUACUCUGGCACUGCUUGGCUGGAGGGUACUGCAGGUUUCUCCCAGGAGGCACAUCUCUACUACUGGGGUUGA